UCCAGUCACGGGACGGAGGUCAGCUCUCGUCUAUCAGCGCUUUUCUUUCGAUUUGUGUUGCCGUUGAAAUGGCGUCAGCAGCAGCAGGGAGACGUCGUUCAAUUUAUGAUCGUCCUAACAUGUCGACUACUGGAAAAGCAAAGCUGAACAUAGUACUGUGUGGAAAUGAUUCAACACUUAACAACUCAGUGUCUAAAAUGUUUAGAGGCAAAACAAGUAAACCUCAGAAAGAGAUGAGUAAAGUGUGUGUGAAGAGAGAAGGAAUGAUUCAUGGACGACAGAUCAGUGUACUAGAGCUUCCAGCUCUCACUCGACUCUCAGAGGAGGAAGUGAUGCGUCAGACUUACCGCUGUCUGUAUCUCUGUGAUCCUGGAGUUCAUCAAUUCAUCCUUGUUACUCCUGUUACUCUACUUACUAAUGAAGACAAAGCAGAAAUGGAGAAGAUUAAAGAAAUUUUUAACUCACUAGAGCACUUCAUGGUGCUUUUCAUUACUGAACGUACUGCUGACAAACGUGUGUCGGAUUUUGUGAAAUCCACAGAAUCUCAGCGUGUUGUGAGUCUCUAUGGGAGUUUGCACACUGUGAUGGGGUUAAAGGACCAGAGAAACUCAGAAAAGGUCUCAGACCUGUUUGAUUGUAUAGAGCGCAUGAAGAUCGAACCCUAUUCUCUUCAGAUGUAUAUGAGAGCUUCAGAGAAGAGAGUCAGACAUGAACUAGAAGAGAAACUGAGUGUGAAAGAUGAUGAAAUCAAAGAGUUACAGCAGAAGAUCAAGACACCGGAUUCAGGAGAAACAGAAGAUGAACUGAGGAUUGUGCUGCUGGGAAAAACUGGAGUUGGGAAGAGUUCAACUGGAAACACCAUCUUAGGAAGAAAAGCAUUUUUAUCAGACAUUUGUCAAACAUCUGUUACUAAAGUGUGUCAGAAAGUGACAGCUGAAAUCAACAGCAGACACAUUACUGUGAUCGACACUCCAGGACUGUUUGAUACUGAUCUGACUAAUGAGGAGAUCCAGAGAGAAAUCAGCAACUGCAUCCCCAUGAUUCUGCCUGGACCACAUGUGUUCAUCAUUGUGCUCAGUUUAGGACAAAAAUUUACUCAAGAAGAACAAACAGCAGUGAAGAUCAUACAAGAGACAUUUGGUGAAAGCUCUUUAAUGUUCACCAUGGUGCUCUUCACCAGAGGAGAUGAUCUCAAUGACAAAACCAUUGAACAGUAUUUGGGGAAAUCUGGAUCUAAUUUAAAUAAGUUGAUUGAAUCGUGUGGAAACAGAUUCCAUGUGUUCAAUAAUAAAGAGACUGGAGACCAAACACAGGUGACUGAUCUACUGCAGAAGAUAGACAACAUGGUGAAAGCAAACGGAGGGAGUUACUACUCAUGUAAGAUGUUCAGAGAAAUGGAAAGACAAAUACAAGUACAACAGAAGAAGAUACUGAUGGAGAAAGUGAAGAGGAUGAAGAUGAUAAUGAAGGAAGAAAGACAGAAACAUGACAAAGAGAGAAAGAGAAGAGAAGAGGAAUAUAUAGAGAAAGAAGAACGAUAUAAAAGAGAUAUUAAAGACAAAGAGGAACAAGAGAGAAAGAUGCAAGAGGAGAUGAAGAGAGAAAGAGAGGAAUGGGAGAAACAGAAACAACAGGAAAGACAAAGAAGAGAAGAAGAGGAGGAGAACUGGAGAAAAAGAGAACAGGCGAUGUGGGAUGAAUAUAAUCAGAGACUUAAACAGGAGGAAGACAGAAGUCAGAGAGAGAGAGCAGAUCUUCAAUCCAAAUAUGAGGAACAGAUAGAGAGAAUGAAGAUGAUGAUGGAGGAAGAAAGACAAAAUCAUAAUCAAGAGAGAAAGAGAAGAGAAGAAGAAUUUAGAGAGAGAGAACAACAAUAUAAAACAGACAUUAAAGAAAGAGAGGAACAAGACAGAAAGAUACGAGAGGAGAUGAAGCGAGAACAAGAGGAAUGGGAGAAACAACAACAAGAAGCAAGACAAAGAGAAGAAGAGAAGGAUUCAUGGAGAAAGAAAGAACAGGCAAUGUGGGGUGAAUAUAAUCAGAGACUUAAACAAGAGAUGGAGAAAAUGAAGAUGAUGAUGGAGGAACAAAGACAGAAUCACGAUGAGAGGAAGAAGAAAGAACAGGAAACAUGGGAUGAAUUUUAUGAGCAACUUAAACAAGACAUAGAGAGAAUGAACAUAAAGAUAAAGGAAGUCAAAAAACAUGAUAAACAUUAAAGAAUGAAGCAGAGAAAGCCUAGAUUUGAUAUGUAUUUGUACUAUAAGUGCAUAUUAAAUGUCUUAUUUUGGAACUACUUGAAGUAUGUUAAGUGUUAUUUAAGAUAUGUGUAAUGCCAAGCCAGCAGAGGGAGCCCUCACCCGAGUACUGACUGCCUACGCUCCCUCUGCUGCUUCUACUUUCACUUACUGUUUGGGACUAUUUAAACAGUGACCAUGUGCUUGCUCUUUGCAAAGUAUUGCCAGUUAACCUGCCUUACCAAGCGUUCUGCUAUAUUACUCUGUCUGCUUACCUGUUGCUGUUUUGCCUUGCUUUUGGAUUCACGAGAUUAUGGAUUAUCCCUUUGGAUUGUUUGUCAGAUUGGACUGCUUUCAUGGUUUGAACCUAAAGCUUGUCUUCUUGCUAUCGUUCUCUGUAUCACCCCUGUUGUAUUGUUUCCCCGGUUGGACUGAUAUCACGGUUUGGACCCACAGCCUGUCUUUUCACUGUUGUUUCCUGGAUUGCCCUAUUGUGUUUUUUACUGAUCAGACUGCCUCUCUGGUUACUGACCUUUUGCCUGCCUCCCUGUAUUUGCCUGCUUCUACAAUCCCUA